CCUCCAGAGGAGGCUGUAUUAUUCAGUUAUAAACUGAUCCUGGAGCAGAUUUCAGUGACUGUUAUCAGCUGAUGUCAUCGGUGACGCAAGAAUGAAAGCUGACCUCAGAUCAGCUGUCAGUCAAACACAUUGAGGAGAACCUGAGGAGGACGAGCAGAGACACUGAACAUGAAGGACAGGAUACGUCAGUGGGUGAGCAGCCAUGCUGCUGCUGUAUCACCUCCCUCUACCCUUCCUCCUCCUCCUUCUCUUCCUCUCUCUGUCACCGACCUCCACCCGUGGAGUUGUCCUCCCCCACGCCCUGAUGCCUGCUGUAGCUGCAGCAGCUCCGAUCCUGCAGGACCAGCCCUUCGUGGUGGUGUGGAACAUGCCCACGGCACAGUGUCAGAAACACUACAACAUCCACCUGGACCUGGGAGACUUCGAUAUCGUGGAGAACCAACAGCAGCAGUUCCAGGGACAGAAAAUGACCAUCUUCUACCGUGACUGCCUGGGGAAAUAUCCGUACCUCUCCCAAGACGGCAGGAAGGUAAACGGAGGGAUCCCGCAGCUCGGCGACCUCUCGGCUCACCUUUCCCUCACGGUGACGCAGACGUCCGGCUCGCUGCAGUCAAACUUCACCGGUGUAGCCGUUAUCGACUGGGAAGAGUGGCAGCCAUUGUGGAAGAGAAACAUUGGAACCAAGAUGGAGUACCGGAGGCAGUCCAGGCUGCUGGUGAGACAAGAGAGACCGGACUUGUCAGAGAGGGCCAUUACAUCGUUGGCAAGGCAACAGUUUGAGGAGAGUGCUCGGAGGUUCAUGGAGGAGACGCUGCAGUCGGUGGUCCGAGAUCGCCCCAAGGGAUUCUGGGGGUUUUAUGGUUUUCCUGUCUGCUUUAAUAAGAACAAGAGAAAGACAGAUGAAAGCUACACAGGACGCUGCCACGCGGGGACCAAAAAGCAAAAUGACCGUCUGUCCUGGCUCUGGCGUCAGUCCACUGCUCUCUAUCCCAGCGUCUACCUGCCACAAAGGCUUGCAGGAUCCAAGGACGCAGCUCUCAUGGUCAGACACAGACUGCUGGAGGCUUUGAGGGUGGCGUCAGUUUGGCGCCAUGGCGACAAUACCAGUAAAGCCACACCGGUCCUUCCCUACGCCCGGCUAGCGUUCACACACUCUCUCACUUUUCUGAAUAAGACAGACCUGGUGCACACACUGGGGGAGAGUGCGGCGCUGGGAGCUGCUGGAGUGGUGCUGUGGGGAGAGCAGAAAUUUGCCAAAUCUAAGCAUCAGUGCAUUCUCCUCAGGGACUACAUACACACCGUCUUGGGUCCUUUCGUCCAGUCACUGAGGUCCGACGCAAAGCGCUGCAGCCUCAAAUUUUGCCACGGCAACGGACGGUGCGCCAGGCGACGCCCCAGCUGUAGUCACAUGUUCUCGUCAGGUCCAGCUGUGACCUCUGACCCUUUUCACAACCACUUCAUAUGUCAGUGCUACCCGGGCCGGACCGGGCCGGAGUGUCAAGAGGAAGACCAAACACGAAAGUAGUAAUGCCAAAAUAAAUUAAAACACAUAAAUACUUGA